AUGUUGUUGAUAUUCUAUUUAAUAGCAUUCAUACUUGCUACUCCAGUAAAGAAUAACAAAAAAGCAACAACUCACAAAUCAACGAGUAAAAAUCAAAUAAACCCACUAGAUCAUGUGGAUUUAUUUUAUGGAACAGAAGGUGGUGGGAAUAUGUUUCCAGGUGUUACUAGACCAUUUGGUAUGGCUAAAGUGGGAGUAGAUGUUUUGGAUAAAAAAUUUGGAAAUCCAUAUUCAGGAUAUGCGCCGGGAGGGAAUAUAAAUGGGAUUUCAAUGAUGCAUGAAAGUGGAACGGGAGGGGCUCCUGAAUAUGGAGUUGUUUCUCAAUUACCUUUUUAUGGAGAUUUAAAUGGAGGUUCUGAAAUUACUUUGAGUAGAUCAAGAGCUGAUUCUGCUAAAGUAGGUUAUUAUGCUGUUAAUACUACUUCAAAUAUAGAUAUUGAAUUAGCUGCGGGUGAGAGGUAUGGAAUAUUAAAAUAUAAUUUUAAAGACAAUUCUCAAGAUUCAAAAGUAUUGGUAAAUGUAUCUCAUCAUUUAACUGCUCCUGAUAGACCUUGGUGGACACAAUAUUUUGUAAAAGGAUCAAUAGAUGCAACCAAUCAAGGGUAUACAGGCUCAACCACAAUAAAGGGUGGUUGGGGAGAUCAAGAACCUUGGACUAUAUAUUAUUGUUCAAAUUUCUCAACCGCAGCUACUAAAGUCUCAAAAUUUGAUAAAAAUGGAGUAAGUGAUAAUCAAUAUUCAACCAGUUCGACAACUCAAGAUGAUUCAUUUGGUUUAAUUUUUAAUUUUGAUAAAGAAUCAGAAAUCAUUGCUCAUGUUGGAAUUUCAUUCAUUUCAACCUCACAAGCAUGUAACAAUAUAAAUUCAAAACAAGAUUUCAAUUCAUUAGUUGAUGAAACUCAAAAUAUUUGGUUAGAUGAAGUAUUCGACAAAUUUCAGAUUCAAAGUUUUAAUGAUUCGGUGGUAGAUAAAUUUUAUACAAAUCUAUACGGAACUCAUUUGAUACCCACAAAUAAAACAGGUGAAAACCCUAAUGAAGGUUGGUCAGCAAAUGAAGUUUAUUAUGAUGAUUUUUUCACUAUUUGGGAUACUUUCAGAUGUUUAAAUCCAUUAAUUAAUAUUGUGAAUCCUACAAGAGGUUCAGAAAUCGUUCAAUCACUCACAAAUAUAUAUUUGAAUGAAGGAUGGACUCCAGACGGUAGAUCUGCAAAUCAAAAUGGUAGAACUCAAGGUGGUUCAAAUUCAGAUAUUGUGAUGGCAGAUGCGUAUGUUAAAAACAUUCAGAACAUAGAUUGGUCUAAUGCUUAUAAGGCAAUGGUAAAUAAUGCUGAAGUUCAACCACCAUAUUGGUAUGAUUCAUUUGCACCAGAUGCUUCUACUAAGCAAGGUAGAGGUGCGCUACCGGAUUGGUUAAAAUAUGGAUAUAUCACUAGAAAUUAUUCGAGAUCAGUUAGUAGAACUAUUGAAUACGCAUAUGAUGAUUUUGCUUUGAGUCAAGUUGCUAAAGGUUUAGGUAAAAACGAUGAUUAUAACAAAUAUUUGAAAAGAUCAGCUAAUUGGCAAAAUAUUUGGAACAAGGACGCUGAAGCUAAAGGUUAUAGCUAUAAAGGAUUUAUACAACCUAAAAACGCUGAUGGUAGUUUUAAUUCCGAAAAUUAUGAUCCUUUAUCUUGUGGAGGUUGUUAUUGGAAAGACGAUGAAUAUGAGGGUAAACCAGUUGAAUAUGGUUUUGCUGUACCUCAUGAUAUACAAACUUUAAAAUCAUUAAUUGGUUCUGAUGAUACAUUUGUACAAAGAAUAUCGGAUUUAUAUCCAUUACAUGGUAAAAAAAUUGCUGAUGUAGGAAACGAACCUAGUUUCUUAACUCCAUUCUUAUUUAAUUUUGUUAACAAACAAUAUAAAACAAGUGAAUUAGUGAAUUACAUAUUAAAUAAUGAUUUUAAAUUGGGAGUUAAUGGAUUACCGGGAAAUUCAGAUGGUGGAGCAAUGCAAGCAUGGGUGAUUUUUAGUUUAAUUGGUCUUUAUCCUGUUGCUGGUACAACAACCUAUUUGAUUACAUCACCAUCAUUAACUUCUUUGCAAUUGCAAUUAGAAAAUGGAUCAACUUUUAAAAUUAAAGCCAAUAAUUUAUCUUCACUAAAUAUAUAUAUUCAAUCACUUAAAAUAAAUGGUCAGAAAUGGGAUAAGAAUUGGAUUGAUCAUGAAUCUAUAUUUGGUUCUAAAGGUGGAUCAAUAGAGUUUGAAAUGGGAUCAUCACAAACUGAAUGGGAAUCAGGUGAUGUUCCUCCAAGUUUUGGUCACUACACAUUAUAA